GCUAGUUUUAAGGUAGAAAAGAAUUUGUGCCUCUCGAUUAGCUGGGAUGUGCUCACAACAGUCUUCUACCGUUCCUUGCAGCAGUGGAAUCAGCAAGAGCUAACUAACCGAUUUCACCAGGACUGCAACCAUCCCAUCUUUCCAAAAUGACUCCGCAACAAACUCAAUUCUCUGGCAAAUGUAUCUGUGAGAUCUGUGACUGUGGACGCCAUCAUUGUCCUCAUCUGCCAACCAGGCUCUUUGACACGAACGAGAAGCCAUGUCGUCUUUCUGAGUAUAUGGAGAAAUACCCCCUUUAUCCCAACAUUCUACCUAGGGAAUCAUACAAGCCCAGCACAGAGUUCCAGAAGCAGCCAGUGCCAAUGGAAGCCCUUUCAACAACCAAGAGAGAUUACAUCCCACAUGAAGUCUUCCGUAUUAAACAGAAAGCUCCUGAUCAAUAUGUCAAGAAAGAUGAAUGUAUGGAUCUACAGUCUACAUAUAGACAAGACUAUAACCCAUACAAUGUAUCUCGAGUGCCUCCUUGCUUGCCCCAGGAACAAAAUUAUUCUUCUGCUGAGAAGAUGAGCGCAGUUCCAACAUAUAAAACUGAUUACGUGGCAUGGAAUCAGCCUAAAAGAGAGAUGAUUAAGCCAGAUAACAGUUACCGUCCACCAGAAAAAAAAUUUGAUCACAGGACCACUAACCAGGAUGCUUACCAAUACAAAGGGCUGGUCACCACCAAGAACUAUAAGCCUGUAAGGCCUCUUCACAUCUCAAAAAUCCCCUUGGAGAGCAUGACCAAUUAUAAGUUGAAUUAUGUGGCUCACCCCAUUCCAAAGCGCUUCGUCCAUACACAAGAGCCAUUCAAGAGCUGUGAGGUCCCAUUUGAUGGGCUCACUACCCACAACCUUUCUUACAAAGGGUUAGCAGGAGAGCCAGCAAAGUCCGCAAAACCAGAUUAUGUCAGGCCAGAUGCAGGCAAUUUUAUGGGCACUACUGAAUUCAAGGAGAAGUUCUUAGCGUGGCCAGCAGCCGCUCGCUUCACCAGAAAGCCGGCAGUUUACACUCCUCCUAAAGAGAAGAUGGACCUCCAGACAUCAGCACAGAUCCACUACGGAGAUCCUCAUGGGCGCCCAGCAACAUCAUGUAAACCCUUGGGCCGGGUCGUCGAAUACACAGAACCCUUUAGCCACUGUUCCACUAUGAAGGAAGACUUCCAGCACUGGCACGCUGAAAGACCCAAGCCCAUCGUGCCUCGUUCAGAGCUCACCAUGUCUUCCGAGCCCAUGGACCUGAUGACCUCCUUCCAAACUCAUUACGUUCCUCACCCGCUCCCUUCCAUAAAGAGCUUCCGGCCCCGCUUGCCAGUGGCCAGACCUCAUGUGCCAUUUGCUGAGACUACCACCUAUGGCACAAGUUAUACGGCAAAGGAAGUGCAUAUAUGUCCUGCCUCUUUCAAAGAGCCGCCUGGUUACGUUUUCGAUAAGGUCGAUGAAGCUGGCCAUAGGCGGUUUCGUCCAACAACCGUGAUGCAAUCCCGACGUGCAUCAAACUCAAAGCUUGCUGAUUACAGAGGCCACUCUAGCAGCCAGCUAAAUCACAGAGGUCUUCAAGAUAUAAGGUUGAAAGCUUGAGGGUUCUCAGCCUGCUUUGGAACAGACUGAUGAUUCUAUUCUGUAAUGAAUGUGAUUAAUAUAAUCUUCAUUUCCUUGGGACUGACCCUUUCUCGGGGAACUGGAAAAAAAAUAAUGUUCUAGAAAAGCAAAAUGGAGCAUCUUUGGUUCUGUUAUUGAGCGCUCUUUUUUUUAAAGUUUUAUAACCUUCAAUUGGACAAAAUUGGAGGUAUAGGGCAAUGAGUUAUGAACCAAGGUAACUUAAAUGGGCUAACUUACAGACUGCCAGAAGCCAUGACUCCCAUGGGAAUGAAAUUUGGAGAAAUUGUGACUUUAGCACUGCUGCACUGCUGUCACUUCAAAACUGCUGCCAUCCUGCCACAAUCAUGUCAUCCUGAUUUCCAACACUCCCUGAAGAUUUCCCAGAAGACAGCAGGGAAGCUGGCAAGAGCUGUAAAGUUGACUGCUGAUGCUUCCUGCAACCUUCCCACCAGUUAACUCUUUGCUUGUGGGAAGCUUGCAGGGAGAAAGUCAAUGUGGAAGCCAGCAGGGAAGGUUGCAAGUUGCUCAGGUAUGUCUGCCUUAACCAUGCAACUUCCCAAGUCUCUCCAUGCUUGCACAUUGGCUACUUGCACAAUCUCUUGCUCCCUCCUCUACCUGGCUGCCAGUCACUUACUUGCCUGCUGGCUUUGGACUUGGAACUGCCUGCUGGUUUUAUGAUCCUUAUCUCAAUGGAACCUGAUGUGGCAGGAA